AUGCGACAUCAAUACAACGCGCUGCAGUGCUAUUUUACUGCAACGAUUAGUACGAUCUUUCUCCUUUUCGCAUUUGUCUGCAAUUCAGUCGCCUAUACCGAUGCUUUUCAUGAUCCCGAUGCAGAGAACACAUUGAACUCCCGAGGGGCGAUUGCCAACGACGGAUCAGGAUUCCCAGUUGCGCUGGAUUCGUUCAAUGGGCUGGAACUUCUCGACAGCAUAGACGAGGAUGGCGAAUCAAACGGACUAGAUCUCGUGCGCAGGUAUCCGAAUGCUGCGAAAGCGUUGGGUAACAACCAGUUUGCGGCGGGCUCGCUCGAGAUCGGCGAUGUCCAAUGGUUCUACCUACCCGAAGUCGUUGUGAACGGUAGACACGGCACUGUGGGCAAAGGUCUUCCCGCGUACGUGCAUGGUCCAUAUGAUGAGGUUCAUGACCCAGAAAAGCGGGACAGGGAACUCUUGAAGCGAGCGAUGACCACAGUCUAUCUGUCACUCACGACCUGCAGCAAACCCCAUACCAACAAAACCAACCCACAAGACGGAUUUCCGCAAUUGAAAUUAUAUAUCUCGACCUCAAAGAAGUUAGAAGAGCCGGGACCGGGCAAAGACAACUCGCUGCAGGAGAUAUACACUGCUGUCGGUGGCUAUGUGGGCAUCACCGUGGACACGGACAACGAUGUCUUCAUUGGCAUUGCGGCGCCUAAUUCAACAGACUAUGUGGGAAGCUAUACGUACGAGCUCGGAGCCUCCAUCGAUGCAUAUUUCCAUAAUGUUGUGGAUGAUGAACCAAAUCUGCAUUUGAUCGAUGCGGAUGUGUCAGCCGCGCUCCUGGUGACAAACAAUCUCACCCAGUCCGAGAGUACCUCCUCGAACUACCAUGAGUGGAUGAGCAUGGUGCCUCCUUAUACCAUGUUUGCCCACAACAUCAACAAUACAGCGUUGAAAGGCUUGGAGAGAUCGUUCUGCGCGCUCGAUACCCUUUCGCAGGUGGGCCGAAUCAGUAAUUCUACCGAGGUUGGCAUGACCAGCCGCGGGCUUGGGAAUAAGCCCAAAGAGCAAUUUUACCUCACCGGACUGAACAAGAGUUCGUCGUACAGCGGUCUUUUGGCAAUGGUGGGCAAUUCCACCGCGUCCGGAAAUGGCAUCAUUGGCGGUGGCGGCCAGGUUUGGAAGCCAAUGAACUUCACAACUAAAGCAGAUAACAACUGCGCCGUGCUAUUCAAUCUAAACUUUUGCUCGGAAGUCGCGUACGCAGUACCUUCAAACCCCAAUCUCAGCGUUGAAAAGCUGCGCACAAUCUACGAUGACUACGCCGCCGCCAUCUACAAGAAUUUCACCUACUCCCUCCAACAAGUCCAAUGCAAAGCACGCGAAGAAUCCAUGUUCUCCCUCGCCGUCGGCUGCGAUGACUGCGCAAGAUCCUACAGGGAGUGGCUCUGUAGCGUCAGCAUCCCCCGCUGCGCAGACUACAGCAACACCGCAGACUAUCUUGCCGUCCGUAACGCAGGCCAGAACUUCAUUAACGGUUCUUCUCUGCCGGCUAAUAGUCGGUACCGCCAACACGCUGCAUCAAAUUACUCUCGCAAUGCUAUCAUUGAUGAGCAGAUCAAGCCAGGUCCCUAUAAGGAAAUUCUGCCGUGUUAUGAUAUUUGCCACACCCUUGUCAAGGACUGCCCGACAGCGCUUGGCUUCGGAUGUCCCGAGGGCAGGUGGUUGAAUGCCUCUUAUGGGUAUCGGAACUCCGACGGUAUCAUUACGUGUUCUUUCCUUGGGGCUGCAUAUUACUUGAGUCUCGGGGUGAAGCUCGGCGUUUGGACUUGGGUGUCUAGUUUGGUUGUUAUGGGAGUUAUGUUCUUGUUGUAG